AUGGCAAACAAACCCUUACUAAACUAACAAUUUGCAUUAUAAAAUAAUAGACUAGAGGUACUCCUGCUUUUGGUAAGAGACACCAAAAGACUCACACUUUGUGCAGAAGAUGCGGUAAGGCCACUUAUCACAAGCAAAAACUCAGAUGUGCUGCUUGCGGUUAUCCUGAUGCCAAGAUGA